AUGAGCCACGACGACAGCGAAGUCGGACCCCAGUACAACCCAGGACGUACCACGGCAGCAUCACCGUACCAGAAUCGUAAUCAACUCGGAAGAUGGUACUGGCAAAAUUUUCAAUUUGAUCCGAGCGACGAUGCGGAUACUUUUUUCAACUUCUAUUUGACAUGGGGUAUCGGUGAAGCACUCGCAAGUCUCGGACUUAACCCCAACGCAGACAGAUUCGAAGGUGGCGAGAACCACGUCGUCUCCUAUCAGCACAACUUGCCUGGAUUCGAUGAGGAUAUCGAUGAGCAAGUGUAUUAUGUUGACGGCAAGCAGUACCGGGCCACAGGUGCUGAUUUUACCUUCUCAAUCAACAUCAACGAAGGCGUCAUCAUAGCAAUGAGCCGUACAAGCCCCAAGGAAAUAGGCAAGGGAAAGGACCCACCAAUUACCGGUGACGGGCUGCCACGCCUUAAUCAAUUCUCAGACGUGGCGUGGCUGGAGUGGCAACAUUUGAUGAACCAGAACAAUGGCGAUGUCAGAAAUAUGCGUUACUUCGUGUCUGUGUUGGUUGUCAACCGAGAGACUCAGGCAGUGGUGGCGAGAGCAUUGCGCACUCGAGGUAAAAAUCUAGACGAUUUUCCAGGGCAGACGUUCGAACGGGGGACAGACGAAAUGAACGCAAUCAUGGGCACGCCGAACAUGCAAGGCUUCGCAUAUAUGCUGGUUCAGCACAAAGCGCAGCUGGGCAACAUGUACAUCAAGAAGAUCCAAGUCUUCAAGUGCGUGACGAUGCGCGAGCCUCCUUGUAUCAUCGCGCAUGUAUCCAAGCCAGACGUCUGGGUUGACCCCGGGGGCGGUGAAGUCGUCAGACGCGACGGAGGCCAUAACGUAGCGCGUAUGCACAAGAUCUUCGCGAAGCUUUGA